GUCGAGUCGGAUGAAGUGGUGGUGAGGAGGCUGCUGUUGCAACAGCAGCAACAACAACAACAACAACAACACGAAGAACAUGAACAUGAACACGUCGAACAUAGAGAGGAACAGCAUGCAGUUGCAUCAAUGUUGCCUCAACAACAACAACAGCAGAGGCAAUUCAACAACCAACAAAAUCAACAACAACAACAGUUACAGGAUGCGGAAAUGAUGACCGAUACGCCACAAGAAGAGCAGCAAGAUCAUCUGGAACAACACAAAAAGCCAGAAGAUACACAGGAUGAUAUGGUAUUAAACAAUGAUCAGGAGGAUCAGGACGAUGACGACGAGGAGGAUGAGGAGGAGGAGGAUGAUGGCGGCACCAUUGUGGAGGAUAGCGAUGCAACCAGUUGCAGCAGUUGUCGCCGUGCGGAGGUUGAAGAACAACAACAACAACACAACCAAUCGUCGUGGUUAUCACCACCGCCUUUGGCCAAACAAGAUGAUGUCUAAGAAUGCGCUCCUCACACACACACCCACAUACAGGGAGGGGAAUACCCCUUUUGUAACUUUUUGAGGGUACUCCCUGGAAUCUUGUUAAACAGAAAACGAAAUCAAGAAAUCAUAGAAACGCGCUGCAUACACUGAAAACAACAAGCGAUUAAAAGAAGCUAUACCCUAGCAACGACGAUCAUCAUCAUUCCCCCAUCCUGCUUGCACUCACACACACACACACACACACCAGAAACACUUGAUAUUUUCCUUAGAAUUUGCAUUGUUUAUUUAAUUUUGUCUCGGGACCUACAAAUGUAUCAAUGUGCUGGCGCUUGGUUAGACUUUAACAACAACAAAAAGCGUAAUUAAACAAUUGUUAACUAGAAAUGAAAA